AUGGCUACAUCUAAAGCGCCUCUCACCUCUCUGAGAGACCUUCGCGUGUCCUCCCACCAGAUACCCGCCUUCGACCUCAUACCUAAUACUUCCAUUCAGAAGAAGCCUCUCCUCAUCUACCACUCUGCUUUCCAUUCCAGUGCUUCUGCCUCUGCAAUCGAAAGUCAUCUCUCAGCCGUUGGGGUCGUGAGCCCCGAGUGGCGGUACACCAUGUACAGUCAAUCUCAUUUCCACUCCACCACUCAUGAGGUGCUUUGCGUUGCAUCGGGCAAGGCUAGAUUGUGCUUUGGAGGAGAAGAAAAUCCUAAGAGGGUGGAACCAGUGCUAGAGAAGGGAGAUGUCAUGGUUGUGCCGGCAGGCCUGUCACAUCGUUUGCUAGAGGAUAUCAACGGAGGCUUCAAUAUGGUUGGGAGCUACCCGAUGGGCAAGAGCUGGGACAUGUGCUAUGGAAGGGAAGGGGAAGAAGAGAAAGUGAAGGGGAUAGGGAGCUUAGGAUGGUUCGAGAGGGAUCCUAUAUACGGUGAUGAAGGACCUUCUCUUCACGUGUGA